AAAAGAAAAGCUUUCAGCGUUGACGUCACGAUCUUAUUCAAGAUAAGCCCCGAGGUUUAUUGCAGCCUCAGUGAAUGAUUUACGCACGGGAUAUAAAGAGCGGCACCAGACAAAACUAGGUCUCCUGAUAUUGGGAGACUAGUAGAAUAGUUUGAGGGGGGAAAAAGUUAUGAUCGGUUCACGUUCAGCGAGCGCUGAUUUUCUAGAAGUUACUUCUUCGGAGAUAACAGCAAUUUUUGAUAAUCACACGUUUCGAUGAGGUCUGAGAAGGCACUUUAUUUAAAAAAAAAAAAAAAAAAAAAAAAAAAAAAGAAAUAGAACGAAUAGUUUACGGAAGGGAGACACUUACCAGUAAAGAGAACAUAACGCAAUUGAAGAUAUUCCAUAGGUUUACAGAAAUGAAAACAUGAAUAUAAAUGACCAUGACAGAAAGUUAAAAGAACCCAACAUGGGUUUGCUAAGUGUAGACUUGCUGGUAAAGCUACAGAUUUUGCCAGGUUUCUUCUCCAAUUGCCUGUUCUUGGCGCUGUAUGACUCAGUGGUCCUGUUGAAGCGGGUGGUGUCACUCCUGAGCUGUUCUGGUGCUGGUGGUGAAUGGCAGCGCAUGUUAACGUCAGCUGGGCUGCGGUCUGUGUGGAACAGUUUUCUUCUAGAUGCGUAUAAACAGGUGAAGCUGGGUGGUGAUGCACCCAAUUCCAAGGUGGUCAGAGUAUCGGGUGCAAGCAGCAGAAGGAAAAGUUUUAGCUGCAAGAGCGGAAUGGAAUGCCGGCUGUUGGAUUUUGAGUCUUCUGACCGUCCUUUGGUUGUCAACUUUGGCUCUGCCACCUGACCCCCAUUCAUCAGCCACCUGCCUGCGUUUAGGCAGCUGGUUGAAGAGUUCUCUGAUGUGGCUGACUUCCUGUUAGUCUAUAUCGAUGAGGCUCACCCGACAGAUGGCUGGGCAGUUCCAGGGAUGGGGUUCGAUUCUUUUGAGGUAAGGAAGCACAGGACCCUGGAAGAGCGUUGCCUGGCUGCCCACAGUCUGCUGGAACGCUUCUCUUUACCACCUCAGUGCCAGUUGGUGGCAGACUGCAUGGACAACAACACUAAUGUGGCUUAUGGCGUCUCAUUCGAAAGAGUGUGCAUUGUGCAUAAACAGAAAAUUGCCUAUCUGGGUGGGAAAGGACCAUUUUUUUACAAUCUUAAAAAAGUAAGGCAUUGGCUUGAACAGAACUAUGGGAAGCGAAAAAAAAAAAAAAAAAAAAAAAAAACAUGACAUUUCUAGACACAAAAGCAAAAAAAAGGAGAAAAAGGAAAUGAGUAAAUGUAAAACUCGGAAGCAAAUUUGUAAAGAAGGUUCAAACCAAACACUUCUCAGAACUUAAAUGCUGUAAACUGACAAUACCAGUUACUAUUUAACAAGGACUGGCUGAUUUAAAUAGAAAUGAACUAGUGAAACAGAUCAGAAUGUUUAAAAAACAAAACAAAACAAAAAACACCAAAUAGUCAAUUUAAAUGUUUUGAUAACUACAACACAUUUUUUUUUAACAAAAACAGAAAUGAGAGGGUUUGAAACCAACUUUUGUAAGUUUAAUUUAUUUUUAUGAGCUGAAAAGUUUAUAUAUUUUUGUCAUUUUUACAUUGUUGUGAUAAAUGUAGUGCACAUUUGUGCACCAUGUAUUACAUCUAUCAUGUAUUACAUUUAUUUAAAAAUAAAAUAAUGUCUUAUCAAUUCAAUAAUAGGUACACAAACUGUGUGGUACUGUUUUAAGAUGUUAUUUUGCACAUGAUACAUCUGUUUUGAUAAUAUGAUCUCCCAACAUACCAACAAGAUAGUUCUAAAGAUCACCUUCAAUACAAUGUUAUUUACAAUUUAUGUCAUGAAGUCAGGAGAAGUAUUUUUGGAAUUAGCAAAAAUGCACAUUUGGUACUGAAAUGACUGGUAAUGUUUGUAAUUAGUUACAGAGCUAUUGUGUUCAAAAGUAAGCAAGUUUUUAAGGUGCUGAAGCAGAAAAGCUACACAUUGCACUGUUUAAGCCAAAAAGGCCAUGCUUUCAAGAAUUGAAAUGAAAAAAGGCUUUUAUUGUUGGUCCCACAUCUACAGACAAGGGUUUGUUUUGGGAUAUUCGUGUGUGGAUGAAGAUCACUCCCGAAAGGGUCUUAUAGCUCUGUCAGUGAUUAGAUGUAAUCACACCUUUUCUCUAAACAUUAAUUCAUGUCUGUUUAUGUGCCAAUAUAAAGAAUGUAUGGCUACUUGGAGUGAUUUAACUUCAUUUAAAAAUAACGUUGUGUACAGUGCAGCUUAUUGUUUAAAUAAAACUUUGUUGUUCAAA